GAGGAAGAAGAGGAGGAAAACGACGAAGAAACAGAAGAAGAAAGAAAAAGGAAUAAUUAAAUAACAUGAAAUAAAACCAUUCAUCGUUUUAGUACAGGCAUUACUUCCUCUGUCUGUUACCUUGUGUCAGUGGGAGUAUUUGCAUUUAGAAAACACAUUCGCGUCAAACCUGCCGAGCCGUCAGAACAACCAGGAGUGUUGAAGACCACAUUUGUUAAGGUGUGAGAACAGUGAAGACAAGAGGGUUGUUGGGACAUCAUGAGGCAGCUUAAAGGCAAACCUAAGAAAGAGACAUCGAAGGACAAGAAGGAGCGGAAACAGGCCAUGCAGGAAGCCCGACAGCAGGUGGCCACAGUGGUGGUGCCUACACUCACUGUGGUGGUUCUACUCAUCGUUGUGUUCGUCUAUGUGGCAACCAGGCCUGGUGCUAUGGAAUGAACAUCAUUGUUUCUUCAGCAAUAUUACAAUGGAUAAAACCAAGGACUCCCUCCAUGAUGAGAGAACAUUUCCACCAUUUGUCUUAACGAAAGCGUCCAAAGAAUCCCUGUCCAGGAUUUUAGCAGCUAAAAGAAGAACAUGUCGUGCCUUUAAAGAUGAAUAAGGUCAACAUUGACUGAAAUCCGUCAUUUAGAUAUUGAAUUGUCUUUAUGUCCUGGAAUAUAACUCAACACGCUUUAUACCAAAGAAUGUCUGUACACAGAUAAUGUCUGUCUACACAGAUGAUGUCUAAGAAUGACUAUAGAUUGUGCCUUUGAGAUACUGAAAAUGCAUUUAAUGAAUGAUCCCACUCUGGUUGUUUGAAUGUUGGUAGGCCCAACUAAUUUCUUACCAGUCCGGAUUGAUGAAAUCCAGUUUUUACACUUCACAUUUUCAGCUUAACAUAUAAAACUAAAUCUACAUUUUGUAAAUCAAUUAUUACAAUUGUGUAGUUUUAUUACGAUGCCUUAGCUGAUGUCAGACUGCUGCACUUAACAUCAGUAAUUGUUAAAAAGCAAGCAUUUCAUACAAACUCUGAACUCCAGCAGACCUUCUAUGGAGUUUAAAGAAACAAUCAUGUAGGAGGUAUUUGGUGCUGUAGAUGUGGAUUACAGUCAAAAACACUAAGUCAAGUUGCUGGAAAUAAUUUGAGGAGAAUCUUCCGAUUUUCAACACAACGAAGUGUUAUGUUGCUAAAAGACUCUUCUAAACCGAUGCAAUUCUAACUAAUGGAGUAUCUAUUUUUGCAAUAAAAUAAAGAGAACCAUGCAAUUGAA